AAGGUAUACCAUAAACCUUGCUUAUUUUGAAUAUCUUGUGCUAAUGCUAUGCUAAAUUUAAUUUAACCUUCACCUUGAAAUCUUUUGUCAUUCAUUUAACAUUUUUAACACUUUUCAGAAAUAUGGCUUCAUUUCAAGGCUUUAAAAUAGUUGAUGUUAAUUUAGACCUACAAAUUAAAGAUAUAUUUUCUGAUAGUUUUGACAAUAAUCUCUACUAUAAUUUCACACACAGUAAAAUUGAUCAAAACAAUAGUUUUGGAAACAACAAAGUUGAAACAAAGCAUGAAUUAAAUACUGGUGAUGGGCAGAACUGCAACAAUCUUAGCUAUAAUAGUAAAACAGCACAGAUAUAUUCAAUUGAAGAGAAUAAAGACCUAAUUACUAGUAAUAAAUACAAAUUAGAACAAGUUAGAGAUCAAUAUUUAGAAAAUGUAGACAGCCAAUUACGAACAGAUGAAAACUUUGAUACAGAAUUUAACAUGUUAACGGAUCUCCAAGCUAGUUCUGAUAAUUUCACUGAUUCCGGUUGCUUUGCCAGUCAAAGUACAAUUGAAGAUGAUAAAAAUGUACUCGAAAAAGCUAUAGAUAUGCCUCCAAAAGAAUGUAUGAAAAAUUGCAAUUUGACAAAUGAAAAUUAUAUAAAUCCUAUUAAUGAAUUUCAUAUGGAUGUAGACGAAACUGAAGAUGGUAACUUUGAAAAUGAAUUUAAAUACGCUGGUUUAGAUGAUUCAAAUUGCAGUGGCUACCAUUCGUCAGAUUUCGAAUUUAUUGAAGAAAAUGAGGCUAGAGAAGUUGUUUUUAAUAUUACUAAAUUAGAUGCAGACAUUGUAAAUAUAAGUAAUUGUGUCAAUAAUAAAGAAGUUACUCCAAAUUCGACUGAAAAUAGAAGUAAAAGUUUUAGUAAUUGUCAAAAUCAUUUUAUCCCGGAAGGUGAUGAUUUCUUAAUUCUCUUCCAAACUGCACCUGCACUUAAUUAUGAAAGUUCGUUUAUACAACACAACUGCUAUAAUUUUGUUCCUAGCUUAAGUCGUUCACGUUUAGGUUUCGAAGUAGAAAAAUUUGAGGAAUAUACACAAUACAACAAAGUUGACGUGAGAGCUGCGAAGGAGACUGUAAAGAAUAUUUUAUCAAUGUAUCCCCGACAAAAUAAGUACUACAAAGAAAUUUUAUAA